UUGGGGUUUGCCAUUCUAGAAAUAUUGUGGAAGCUGAAAUUCGAAUUCCUUGGUUUAUAAAUUAUUAAAUAUCUUUAAAUGCUUAUGUAAAUACCAAGCACCUUCUCUUCGGAAGAAGUCUAAACCACCGAUGCACUAUAAAUAGAGCCCAUCACUUGGUUUGAUGAAUCACACAACUUCAUAUCAAUUAAACCCUCUCGACAUACAAAGAAAUAUUCAACAGCCUUACUUACAUUUAUUUACACACAAAUGGCUCCAAGUUUGGAUAAUGGCAGCUCACUUUUCAACUUUGUCGUCCGAGGUGGAAAUGGCAUCAAAGGAAUUGUGGACGCUGGCAUCUCAAAGGUCCCCCAGGCUUACAUUCAACCACCGGCCGAGCAGAUUGAUAAGAAAAAUGCAAGCAAAUGUGAGGUGCCACCGAUUGAUUUGUCGAGGCUUGAUGGGCCUGACCAUGAUGAAGUUGCCAAGGAAAUUGUUAGAGCAGCUAAGACUCUUGGCUUCUUCCAAGUUGUCAACCAUGGAGUGCCUGUUGAUCUACUAGAGUCACUUAAGGAUGCUGCACAUAACUUCUUCGGCCUGCCAGCUGAAAGAAAGGCUGUUUAUCUUACAGAAGUGAGUCCAACUCCAUUAGUGAAGUAUGGGACAAGUUUUGUUCCUGCGAAAGAGAAAGCAUUGGAAUGGAAAGACUAUAUCAGCAUGGUAUACACCAAUGAUGCAGAAGUUCUUCAGCAUUGGCCUAUAGAGUGCAGGGAAGUGGCACUUGAGUAUUUAAAGACAUCGCUUGACAUGGUGAAGAAAUUGCUUGAAGUUUUGAUGGAAAACCUUGGAGUUAAACUAGAUGACUCGAAGAUUGAUGCACUUAUUGGCCGGAAGACCGUCAAUAUGAACUACUAUCCAACAUGUCCUAAUCCAGAGCUCACAGUUGGUGUAGGGCGUCACUCUGAUAUGGGCACCCUCACCGUCUUGUUACAAGAUGGGAUUGGAGGUUUGUAUGUCAAAGUUCCAGACGAUGCAGAUAUUGAUAAAAAAGGAGAAUGGGUAGAGAUCCCACCUGUUCCUGGUGCUCUGGUCAUCAAUGUUGGCGAUAUGUUACAGAUAUUAAGCAAUGGAAAGUACAAAAGUGCAGAGCAUAGAGUUCGUACGACAAGCACAAAAUCAAGGGUGUCAAUACCAAUAUUUACAAUUCCAAAACCAACAGAGAAGAUUGGACCGCUGCCUCAAGUAGUACAGAAAGAUGGAAUUGCUCGUUAUAGAGAGUUCGUUCUUGCAGAUUACAUGAACAACUUUUUUGGAAAUCCACAUGAUGGCAAAAAGUCCCUUGAUUUUGCAAGGAUUUAAUUUUACUUGAUGGAGAAUAAUUUAUAUGCCUAAAUUUAAUUUUGAUUUUAGUUUGUCUUUUUGCUGGUUCUUAACUUCUUAUUUCAUCUUCUAUUGAAUUUUGAAAUUAAAGAAAAUAAAUGUACACAGACUCGUAUCUCGAUAAGAAAUUAUCUGGCUAUUGAUUUUCUAAUAGAGUGUAAAAUUUAUUAACUUCUAUCAAUAAAAUUCAUGUUAAGCGUAAAUUCAUAUUAAGCAUUAUGUUGCCUUUUCGUUUUACCUGAGGAAUUUUUUUUAUCCCCAAAUUUAAACCAAAACCUUCAGCUAGAGCCUCAAUUAUCAAUGUGUACAUUUGGAGAACUUAAAAGAAUCUAUUCGAUUUACUAAUCAGUAUUUUCUUUACAAAAAAUCAAUUACCAGUGCACUCGAAUAUUUGGCUUAGUUGAUUGAUCCCUUACUCUAAGAAAAGGUUCCAAUUCCUUUUCUUUAAAUUCAAAGAACAGUAUUUUUUUUCUUUUCUUUUCAAUUUUAAUUAAAAUAUAUAUCUAAUUCUUCGAGUAGUGGAUAAACUUGUCCAAAGAUAUGUU